AUGUUUCACCUGCCCAGUCUGAGAAAUCAUCCCAAGAAGGCUGUAUCUUCUGCGUUUAUAAAUUCAUUUCCACGUCUGGAUUCACAUAAAGCAGAGUUAAUGUUUGUGCAGAGUGGGAAAUAUCCGAGGGAUGUAUAUGUCAAUCCAAAACCACAUGACUUUCGACAGUAUCAACAUGAUUUACCAAACUUCGUGACAACUUGUGAAAAGGACCCUUUUGGAUUAAAAUUUAAGUCACAACUUUUAAGUACAAUACAUGGGGGUCAUUUACUGACAGAUGAUAGACAGAAGAACACGACAGAAAGAUUUAUCACCUACAAGCCUCGCCAGUGCACCUGGGAUUCAAAGCUAAUUUUGACAAAAGCCCCAUGGCCUGUUCAAUCGGCUUCAUACACGAGACACAGAAGGCGGCGUGAUGUGUACAGUGCAUUUAUGGAUCGUGUGGAGGAAAAGUUUACAAAGUCUCGCAAGAGCAGCAUUGUCAAAGACCUGUCGCUGUAA